GCGUAACACUUACAAAGUUCAUAGAGUUUUAAUAGUGUUUGUGUGAUAAUGUAACCGAUUGUAAAUAAGUUUCGUAUUACCCAAGUUGUGUGAAGUCAUGUUAAAGUUUUUGUAAUCUUCAUUUAAGUAAAAAAAAAAGUGAAAAUGAAAGUAGCUGAGCAACGAUAGUCAACGUUGUUAGCAAUCGUUUUGAAUUUUAUAGUAACUUAGCAUAAAGGUUCUACGGGACCAUUGAAAAAAGGGUACAACGAAAAAGGUGGCGGUAAAGAAAAUUCUUAAAAAGGUUUUGGAGAGUCAAGGUGUGCGUGAAGGACAUGAGUCGACAAAUAUUUUGACAGGUGUUUUAUUGUGGAUUAUAAUGUGAAUUGAAGAGGAAACAAUGCCGUCUUCUGACAAUCGACCACCGGGUCGUGGCUGGCUGGAGACGAUGGUGGAGUUGCCGUCGGGUGUUGGAGACGAGCCACCAGAUGUAGUCCCACAAGUUGGUCUAUGCUGCGAGGUGGUACGAGAAGGCCGCGAGGGAGAGGGCGAGGUGGCGCCCGACGGCGAGCGGCUACCAGGUGACGGCGCCAGCUGUUCUGCGCCUGAUGACCAGCACCGUAUUAGUGAUGAAGACGGCUCUUCCAAUAGUCCACGCAACAGCAUCGACCCAUUUCGUACCGAGAGUGAUCCAGUGUCCUCUGAAUCCAUCCUGAGAACGGGACGUUACUACAAGGGAAUAUAUUGGCCCUCAAUAACGAAUAGCUUUAAGGAUGAGACUGUGGAGUUGUCAUAUCAGCGGUACUCGAGACGUCAGCGUCAGAAGUCUCUGAUAAUGGUGAAUGUUGUGGACCUCGCACUAAAGAUUUGCUUGUCGCUUAUUUAUACGCUCACCAAUAGGCAUGAUAUCGAGUCGGUGGCGGACGGGUACCAGAUCGCGUGGACGGUAGCUUUCGCUUGCCUCAACGUAGCGGUGUGCCUUCUUGGCUGCUGGCGCUGCUUCGCCAACAACUAUUUACACUGGGCCGCCGCCGCAACAUGGAUACUGCUUAUCGCACAAGGAUUAAGCGGACAAGGCAUCGGUUUCCAAGCGCCGGAGAACCAAGUAUGGUACAUGCUGUUCAUUAUCUUCGCACCGUACGCCAUGUUGCCGCUCUCGCUGGGCUGGUGCAUCGUCAUUGGCCUGCUGUCCUCUGUAUCACACGUCCUCGCCACCGCAGUCGUCAUUAAAGAUAUUAUGAACAACAGCACUGAAGUCGCCCAAUCUUGCGCAUUGCGGCUGCUAAUUGCCAACGCAUUGCUGUACAACGCGGUGAACUUUGCGGGCAUGUACGCCAAGUAUCUGACGGACUGGGGACAGCGCAAGGCUUUCCUUGAAACACACCGCUCCAUGGUCACUCGACAGAGGACGAAACGAGAGAGUGACAGGCAAUGGAAACUUUUUCAAAGCGUAAUACCAGACUUCUUAGCUAAAGAGAUCUACAGCCACGUGUCCAGGGUUAAGGGGGAAUUUCAAGAGCAGCAGUUCAACAAUCUGUACAUUCAAAGGCAUGAAAACGUUUCGAUACUGUUUGCUGAUAUAAAAGGAUUUACAGAACUGUCCAGCAAAUGUAACGCUCAAGAGUUAGUGAAGAUAUUGAACGAGCUGUUCGCGCGCUUUGACAGACUGGCGUCGGAGAACCACUGUCUCCGCAUCAAAUUGCUGGGCGACUGCUACUUCUGUGUAAGUGGGCUGCCGGAGCGGCGCUCCAAUCAUGCCUACUGCUGCGUCAACAUGGGCCUACACAUGAUACGUGCUAUACGCGACGUGCGGUACAACGCCCAGGUGGAUCUGGACAUGCGUAUCGGCGUGCACAGCGGUGCUGUGCUAUGUGGCGUGCUGGGCCUGCUCAAGUGGCAGUUUGACCUGUGGUCGCUCGACGUCACCAUAGCCAAUCACAUGGAGAGCGGUGGCUUGCCCGGGCGUGUGCACAUAUCAUCAGCGACGCUGGAGUGUCUCAACGGCACGUUUGAAGUGGAGGCGGGUGAAGGCGGAACGCGCGACCCACGUCUGCGCGAGCUCGGCCUCACCACCUACCUUAUCAAGUCUUCCGAGCAGCCGCGCAGAACUCGACAUCGCUCGAGACCCAAUUGCAUACAAGCAGUGACGCAAGCUCAGUGCGAUACUCCACGUCGCACCAGCAGCAGCAUUGACGACGAGAAUACGACAGACUGGACGCCAGAGAUGCCAUUCCAGAGCUACUUCUCAAGUUCAUCAGCCAUCGUGACGCGUUUACCUCGUCUUAUUAAACACGAGGACGCUGAGCAGGGUCAGGAUGUAGAAAUAACAUCAAUGUCAGAUGAGGACGACAUAAUCAACCACUCAAUCGAGGUGAGCAGCAACCGUCGUAUGCGACUUGACAACAUGCGCGCGUGGUCUCUGCGCUUUAGACGCGCUUCACUCGAGCAGCGCUUCGCCAGCCAAGACGAGCGCACCUUCAAGUCCAACGUAAUGUGCUGCCUCGUGCUCUGGCUCUUCAUACUCGCCGUUCAAUACGUCAUACACUUCAACUGCUGGAGACUGGUGGCGAUACUAGGCGUUAUGUCGGUGCCGCUAGCGCUGUCAUUCUGUCUGGUGAUGGCGGAAGAGUUCCCCGGCGUGGCGCCGCGCCUGGCACGCGCCUCCGCCGCGCUCGGCCGCACACGUCUGCGCCGUAACCUACACAUCUGCUGCUUCGUCACCAUCAUGUCUAUUUCUAGCACGACAAAGCUAUACAUCUGUCCGUCGUCAUUCCGGAACGCGACGAGUCCAUUGGAGAGACCGAACGGCACGAACGCGGACCAUGAGCGCGCUGGCGAAUGCUAUCGGCCCGAGUACGUCGUGUUCACGUGGAUCUUAUGCCUCGUUGCGCUCACCUCCAUCCUUAAGCUGUACUAUCUCAUCAAGACUCUUUUGGCCGUUCUCAAUGUAGCCAUGUUCUCGGUGCUGCUGCUAAUAUAUUACAACGAGUAUGACUUCGACUCCUUAAACAGAAGCACACAGCUGCCGUUCUACGUGCAGAUGUUGAUCCUGAUGGUGAUGUUCCUGGUGAUGGUCGUGUACCACGCACGGCUGGUGGAGGUGACAUCGCGGCUAGACCUGCUGUGGCGACUGCAGGCACAGACCGAUCUCGCAGAGAUGCGCGACACGCAACGCACCAACCGGCAUCUGCUCAAGCACAUCCUGCCCGAUCACGUCGUCGCUCACUUCCUCGCCAAGGACCGAUGCCCGGAUGAGCUGUAUUCGCAGUGGCGCGACGAGGUUGGCGUGAUGUUCGCGGGCAUCCCCAACUUCCACGAGUUCUACUCCGAGCAGAAAGCCAUCGACUGCAUGCGUCUGCUCAACGAGAUCAUUUUUGACUUUGACAAAUUGCUGAUGCAGCCAAGAUUCAAGAGCAUAGAGAAGAUCAAAACAAUCGGGGCGACAUACAUGGCGGCUUCCGGUCUUAAUCCUAAUCACAAAAGCGGGCAGGAUGAGUGCGAGCAUCUGUGCGCGCUGGUGGACUAUGCAUUCGCGCUGCGCGAGGCGCUCGACGACAUCAACAAGCACAGCUUCAAUAAGUUCCGUCUGCGAGUCGGCAUAAGCUGCGGACCACUGGUGGGUGGUGUGAUUGGCGCGCGCAAGCCUGUCUAUGACAUUUGGGGCAAUACCGUCAACGAGGCUUCGCGCAUGGAGAGCACCGGCGCCAUGGACCGCAUACAGGUCACCAAGUACACGAAGCAGGUGUUGGAGCGUCGCGGGUACGGGUUGGAGCCUCGGGGGCCGGUGGAGGUGAAGGGCAAAGGACGCAUGGAGACGUGGUGGGUGCGGCGGCGGCGUGCGCGCGGUGCUGGCCCACUGCCCGCGCCCGCGCCACCUCGCUCGCUCGCCGCGCUCGUCUACACCAUGCUGCAAGCACGCAAGCGCAUCUACACACAUCCGCUCGACACGCCCGCUAUAUCAAAUUCGCGCGGCGGCAGCGUCCGUGCCGAGCGUCGCGUACCUAAGCGGCAUACGCACACCAACGGUCAAAAAAUGGAAAUGGGAAUUCGUCCACACGCGAGCAGCAUGGUGGUGCGCCGGCCCGACAUGGCGCCGCCGAUAGUGGGCAGCGCCUCCGCGCCGCACACGCCCACCGCGCCUCAUGCGCCGCAAGCGCCGACCCAUGCGGUCCCAGCGCCUCACAUGAGCGAGCCGCGGCUCGGCAUCGGGGCGCGACUGAAAGCGGCCAGCUUCUCGUACCGCACGCGGCCUGCCCGCGAGCGCGAUCGGUCUCCGCGGCUGCGGGAACAGACCGAGGGUUCGGUGGGUUCUGUAGCCAACGGCACACCCGGCUCCUUCCGCUUCCGCUCCGUCACCACCGCCUCCUUCUUCCGCAGCCGCAACAGAGACAGGAGGAACAAGGAGCAAGUCGACGAGAACGCCCAAGAUAACGGCGACACACACGUCACUACGAGGAUGUAACUUUAAUGUGGCAAUUGUGUACAGUACUGAUUGACAGAAGACAUAGUUUUUACGAUGUUUCUAUUCAUAUAGUGCAUAAAUAUUAUUUUUAAUUUUAAGCACAAAUUGUAGGACGUUCCUAUUUAUUGUUACUUUUUUAGAUCAUUUAUUACUUUUGUAUUUAUUCAUUGUUCACUUGUAUGUGUUUAUUAUGUAAAUUAGGAGUAUCAAAUGGACCGUUAAAUACGGUCAUUUUUGACUUACUAUAGAUAACAACAUCUGUAGCUACGCUUUAAUGCUUUUCCUAUAUAGAAUUUAACAUUUAGAUAUAAUAGGAAUAUAACCUAUAGAUCUUUGUCGUUCAGUCGUAAGUCGAUUUACAAAAAAAAUCAUCUUGUAUUGUAUUAUAAAUAACAACAAUAAAAAAAUAUCCCUACAAAAGCUCUCUGAAAACAUUAGGCAAAUCUAUAGAUUAUAAAUCAAUGAGAAAUAUACCCACUCUAGUCGUAAAUGUAAUCUGAAUCAAGAUCUUAAUAUAAUAAGAAAUAUUUGUAUAAAAGUGUACAGCUUAUUUUACGCUUCUUAGUAUUAUAUACCUUAAAUUGUACCAAUUAGGAAGAAAAUCUGAUGCUGUGCCGAUGUAUCGGCGCAACACUAGCCUUAUUAAUCAUUAUCAAUGUUCUUGUCCCCUCACUAAUCAAUCUGACAGUUGACUUGGUAAAAAAGCGCGCCAUCCGCUCUAAAUUAUUAUAACUAAUAAUGUCUUAAACAAUGAAACAAUUUUGUAGUAUUAACUAGACUCUGUGUGCACCCAAACCUGAUACUACUAACAGACAGCACAUAAAGACAUUAUACUAAACUGAUAUAUAAAAACGGCUAAACACUCACGUAUAUUCGUCCGGUGGCGGCACC